AUGAGUAGUAAAAGUAUAAUCGUUAGUGCAGCCACCCUCUUUGGGGUUGCGAUAUGCGUGCUCUGCGUCCUCGAGGUGGCUCAAGCGAGGCCGUCGUUGUCUGCGCUCAACAGCAGUCGAACGAAACGAUUUUCGGACCAGAAAAUUUUGGACAUCGAGGCGAGAAUAGCCUUAGCCAAGCUCAGGGGGAGACCCGUGAUCGGCAGCCUCGGACAGAUUGAUCCUGGCAGAGCUGGCCGCACCCGUAGAUCCAACAUCGAGCCUGACCUCAAGAAGCUGCGCCGCAUCCUGAGAUCCGACGCCAACGACGAGGACGACAGAGGCAUCAGGAUGGUCCAGGAAUUCCUUCGGUGGUUGAAGUACAAGGAAGCGGAGGCCGAGAGCAAUCGAGUCGAUGAUUACGACGGGCUCUACUAA